AUCUCGACGUCAGCUUCUAGUCUGGCGACCUUUUCGCGCACACAUCCCAAUAACAAAUUGCCCUGCCUUGAAGAAACUUAUUGAGUACACGCCAGCUUGUUUUAUGACUUACCAUGGCGUCUAAAUCUCUAGCCGCCUUCGGCUCACCUUCUGCUGCAAGACGCCCUGCCCCGAAUAUCGCUUUUAUCAUCGACACUGGUCCAUGUUUCAUUCCAGACAGCGAAGGCGUGCUCGACAUGGACGCAUUUGAAAGGAAUAUAAAGAUUGCAGUCCUCCGCUUGCUACUCUUCUUCUACAUUCAUGUGGAUACACGUUUCUCAUGGAGUUACCAGCUAGUUGACCUUAAUUCAAUAUCAACGUUACAAGCAACCAAAGGAAGCAUAUGCCACUCUCAGGAUUUCAACCCUCUGACCUUGGAUGCCUUUAACACUGUGCUAAAACGCGAACUGAACAAGCGACGUGUUGAUGAGGCCAUAAAUCCUCGGCCAAGUUUACCCCACACUCCGCCGAUAAAACGAAUAUCGAUGAUUCUACGGAAGGCUUUGACGGAUUUUCGGUGGAACUGGGUUUCUGCUUCUGCAGUCAUGCCAUCACCAGCGAAACCCCCACGUCGUGACAUGAACUCCUCAGUGCCAGUCAAGUUGCGAAAUUAUUUAUUCUUACUGUCACCAUUUCCCCAAACAGCGCAAGAGCUGGACGCGUACGCUGGAAUCAUGUCCCGUAGUCCAGAAGGUGAAACGCAUUGUUCACGGAAUGACAGCACAUUGAGCAAGUCCACGAUUGCGAGAAUCGACGAGGCACUCGACGUUAUGCAAAGGGAGAUGCUAACGGAGGGUAUGCUUAAUGGAUACUUAGAGAAGCGAACGGCAAUCUCUUGGGUCGAGCUUCCGCUCAGUUUCUGUGAAACAUCCGCGCAAAGCGCCCAUACCCUAGAAGCAUCAUAUAUCGAAUGUUCCCUGACAUCAAUGCUUAGCGCAUAUGGCGGAAACAUGAUACCUCGAUCAGUCCUCAUUACGCCGCCCACAGCUUUGCCUUUCGCCCAACUAUUCCGACUGUUUCGCAAGAAGACGCUAGAUCCGAAGCACGGACACCAUUAUCUUUCAGUUGGUUGUAAUAAUCGCAUGAAGGACCUACAACGGUCACUCGGCAGGAGUCUACCUACUCAGAAUAACGAAAUGUGGACGGGAAAUAUUUUUACUACUGCAAACACUGAAGCACGCAAACAAAGUGGUGGUAUAUAUCAUAUAGUUAUCAGCGCUUGCGUAAGAGCGACGGCUCCUCCCGAGAAAUCGAGCAACACACGCGGGAAGAAACGUUUCAGCGUAGGGAGUCACACGAGCAAUGCUGACCCUACGCCAUCGCGAAUGCUCUUCCCAAAUUCGGGCGUUGCUAUGAAAGAGAAGGGCCGCAUUCCCUUUCAUCGUAUAGAUCCAUCGUGGCAAGAGCGGGAAAUGUUUAUUUGCGCACCCUUUUCAGCUGGCGAGUUCGGAACGGCAUUUCUGAGCUUUGAAAGUCUGAUGACGCUGUUGCGAAGCGAGAGCCGUGCUUUGGUGGUAGAAGUCCAUCUGCGGUGCCUGCGCAAUAGACCAGAGGGGAGCAAUGAUGCUAAUGAGAACAAGAAGGUGGCUGAGGAAAGCAGCGCUGAAACAGCCGGUAUAGGUGCUGAAGAUGACAACCCAUUUGAGGUGGCAAGUCCUUUGCCAGCCAAUUAUGAGGAACAGGCGCGAUUGGCAAUUCUCUUUCCUGUUUUUCCGGGCUGCGCUUUAUUGAGAGUUGUUUCCUGUGGAAGUGAGGAGACCGUACUGGACGACUGCAAUUCUUCCUUGAUUUCAGCUCGCGUGUCUUCAGCCCAAGACGUAGACGAGACUCUGCUACAGCAGUGGUUCUCAAACUCCCUCGAGGAUGAAAUUCAAGCAUUCUUUUUUAGCGGCAAGUCUAGUCGGGAGAUAAGGGAUUUUCUCGGUGAUAUGACUCUGAAUAUCUGGGAUCCCCAAAUGGAGGACGAGCGACUGCGGGGAAAAUGCGAUGAGCGAAAAAGCUUGGUCACAUCUCCAAAGGCUACUUCCCCGCUUCCCCCCAGAGAUACUCCUCGUAAGCCGAAAAGAAAUCCUGAACUGAGUCGGGAGUUGCGCCGUAUGGGAGAUGUUACAGAUGCUUUGAGGCGCGCAUAUUUGGACACCCUGUACUGUGUCAAGAGUGCAGUUCCAGACUUUAUAGAAGUCUGGCUUCCCCAUGUGUACCAAUCAAUGGAAAAAAUUGCGACCAAUAUCUCGAACUCGCUUGCAUCUCCACUGAAGCCCAAAAGUCCAAGAGGAGUUGGCAGAACACCGACAAAGGUUCUGCUAACCUAUAUCUGCGACCAUAUACUCCUGUCAGUUGCUCGGCUGGAACAGAAAUAUAGGGCAUUCAUGGAUGGAUUAGAUAUCCUCGAUGACACAGCUGACGCAUCGCCUUCACUGGGGAAAACUGUGGAUACGCUGGAACUGGAGGCCCUACUGGCGUGGAAGAGUCAACUCGUUUCCAACUCGACAAUCCCGAUGGAGUCGUCAAAUGGGAGGCGGAUCUUGAAGGACGCAAUUUCUAAAUUGAAAAUUUCAGAAGCCAAGCUUCAGCUCACAAUGCUUCUGGAGUGCCUCAAGAUUCAUGAUCAGACAGGCCAAGACCUACCCUCAUUAGCAGCCUGGUUCAAACGGCCAGAACCUGAUGAGGCUGAAGCCGAAGGAAAUCUCAAGCGCAAAAAACGCAAGUCCCUUUGUUUGCCAGACGCAACAGUGCCCGGGUUUCGUAAAAAGCGUAAGGUAGAUAGAAAACAAGUCGCAGGAGUUGACGAGAUGCCUGAACCCAACAAUGUCGACCAUAAUGGUCAAAGCGCACAUGAAUCGGGGAGGACGCUCUUUACUCGCGCCAUUGACGAAUUGAUGGACCGCAUAUGCAUUUGGCACGCGGUGGCAGGUUUAGAGCUCGAAUCAGAAGAAACUCGCCUUCUCAAAUCUUUUGUUGAACCCAUCAUUGUGAAGUACUAUGCUUCCCAUCUACCGGAUGUUGUCAAAUCGUUGUAUGUCAAAGCAGGCGGGGAUCCAAAUCAGCAAAAGCCGGUGCCCCCCUCUCCCUUCUUCAAACAAAAAAGCACUGGAGGUCGGAAGCGAGGCAGCGGAAUGGCAGGACACAAGAAGCAUGGUAGUUCAGCAAAAUCCACCGAUAAAGCUAAACCCAAGGACAAAAUCAUACCCCACGAGGACAUUCUCAAUACCGAUGAAACAGACAAACCUAGAGCGACAAGAAAGUUGCCUGAAUUCUUGAAAGGACUAGGAAGGCGGCAGAUUGCUCUUCGCAAGGCGAGAAGUAAAGAAGCGAAUCGAAAAGCCCUCAAAGACAAUAGCACGAACGCAGCUCCUCUGGAGAGGUCCAAAAGUACUAGUGCAGCAACCGCUUCAUCACUACGGCGGACUUCUGAUCAGGAGAACAGAACAGUAAUUCUCAAGCGACGAUCUACCAGCGCCCAAGAUACCUUUGGUCUACCCUCAAAGCCGUUACAAACUGGAUCCUUGGACAGAAUCGACGAUAAUCCGUUUCUAGAUCUUUCUUCCACCCUUCCGUUGCCCAAACCUCCAAUGCUCUCCGCCGGUGGUGACCCGAAAGCGACAACGUCCGAUAUACCCGAACGUUCCCAUGCAAACACUUGGGCGGAGCCGCGAACACCAAGUAAACAACGGAGGGCGCCUAAAGAUACCACUGGUACCCCUACCAAAACGAGACGAACACCGAGAACACCCCACCGGGACGCACUUGGUACACCGAGCAAAACGAAGCGAGCACCCAGUGCGACCGCCCGGGAGGCUGUUGACACACCUAGCAAGAUCAAACAAACAUUGAUUACCACUCCCCGGAAAACUGUUGAGACGCCGAUCAAAUUGAAACGAACCCCGAAUGCCACCCCCCGGAAGACUGCUGGAACGCCUAGCAAAGUUAGACAAACACCGAGUGCAACACCGGGUUCUUGCAAGCGCUUGCAGAUGAUGUUGGAGGGAUUUGCGGGGUUCGACUGGGAUGAACUGGGGGAGGAAAUUGGCGGGGUAGCUGACACUCCCAUUAAAAGUCGGAAGAGAUGGUGAAUAUUGUAAGGGCGCUUUCACCAUUCAUCAAGUGUAAAUACCUUCCACAGGUUCUGGACGGAAACAGCGGUCAAUGCAAAUGGGUAUCUUCAUAAUAUUACAAAUGACAUCAAAAUAAAUAUUUGCCUCCAGAG